CGCAGCUCCAGUUUGGCGACUUGACAGCAGCGGCUUCAUAAUAGGAGUUCCUGGGGCUUCAUCCAACACAGUUAUCCUGUAAACAGCAACGGCGGCACCGGGAAGGAGCUCUUAGGCAAGACAUCAUGAUCUUAACCCAACUUCUCACCGGGAUCAGCGUGACCGAACUGGGUCAGUUUCUGAAAAACCCACCGGAGGGUUUCACCGUGAAGAAGUUCGGCUCGGAGUACCGGGUCCAGAGCGACGACCAGUGCCUGGUUUUCAUCGAUGAUCUGCAUUCCGGGAACAGGAAUGUGGUUUUCCUGAACUCGCUGGGGAGGAAGUUUAAAAUGCACAAUCUGUGGGAGUACACCAGCAUGAGGAAGAGUCUGCUGUCCAAGAGGAUCUAUGUGUUGGUUUCUCUCUGCGUCCCCCAGGCCAGCAAGAAGGGGGCCACGGAACCCAGAGUUCUGCGGGAGUACGUGUUUUCCAUCAAUGGUGGAGAUCCGAUGACCAAGUGGCAGAUGGAGAGAGGCCUGGACUGGACCAUCUCAUCCGUGGCCGGAGAGAGUUACAGGGUGGAGAUUGACUUGAGUGAGAUCUUGAAUAGCUUGGCUGCUGAAGGCCUCGUCGACGAGGACCUGAUGAAAUAUAAUCCAACGUGGAAAGAUGCCUCCUUCACCCUCAAGUACUAUUCUGAUGCCCUAUUUGACUUCCCUCACUGGUUUGGCUUCAGCAAAAAAUCAUUUAAACUGAGACCGAUAAACACAUGAGCGGGACCGUGGAGAUCUUAUCUGUUGAGUUUCAUCAGCAACGUCUGUUGCUGCACCUUUAAGAAGACCGGGGAGGAGUUUUGUCAUCUGUGGAUGAGAACCCGGUCAGUUGGAAGAAAUCUUUUUGUUUUGGCCCGAGUUUGGCAUCUGAGCUGCUGGGUCCGUAUUUGUCUGCCCUUCAGUGAGCGGAAAAGCAAGAGCAAAGAUUGAAAAGAAAAAUCUGGCAUGCCUUUUAAGAUCAUCCAGUCAAAUUGUGUGUAUAAAACUUGUACAUAUUGUUCCUGGCCGGUUUCCAGUUGUUUGUGCUGUACAGUGAUGGAAAGAACAGAGGUCACAAACAAGGUUGGAGUCUUUUGCACUAAAGAAUCACUUGUUUUUUGUUUUUUUUUGUAAAUAUGUUGAAUAUUUAUUGGCUGAAUACAAUACAAUAAAAACAUUUUACCACACACAACUGAAGCUUUUUAUAUCAACGGUGUUAAAAAAAAGUGAUUGAAAAAAGUGAGCAUGAAAUAAGUAUUGAUCAAGUUAAUCAACCUAUUAACAAGGAAUUCACAGAAGAUGGUAACAACCCAAGUAUUACUACUUGAAAAUCAUCUCAAGUCAGUCGAGAAUUUAUAGAAAAUAAAGUUGAAGGACACGGAACAAUUACUGAAAAUGAGAGAAGUUUUGAUUAUUAAGAAAAUCAAGCCUCUGUUAAUGAAAGUUCACACCUCCUGUAUAAAGAAACCAGUCACUUACAUUGCUUAGGUGGGAUUUUGACCCAUUCUACAUAAAAUCUCUUGAUGUCUUCAGAGUUAAGGGGGCUUCUUUUAUGCGAUUCUUUACAUAGAUUUUCAGUUUAUUUCCAGUGCGGCCGAUUUA